GCAGCGGCAUGAACGCCGAGACCUGCGUGUCGUACUGCGACUCGGCGGCCGCUGCCAUGGACGCCUACUACAGCCCCGUGUCGCAGAGCCGCGAGGGCUCGUCGCCGUUCCGCGCCUACCCGGGCGGCGAUAAGUUUGGCGCCGCGUUCCUGGCCGCGGCCGCAGCCAAAGGGCCGGGCUUCGCCGACGCCAAAAGCCGGGCCCGCUACGGCGGCGCGGGGCAGCAGGACCUGGGGGCGUCCCUGGAAGCGGCCGCGGGGGCGCGGGGCUCCUUUAACAAGUUCCAGCCGCAGCCGCAGCCUCCCGGCCCGCAACCGCCGCCGCCGCCGCCGCAGCAGCAGCAGCCGCCGCCGCCGCCGCAGCCGCCGCAGCCCCCGCAGCCCCCGCAGCCCCAGCCGCCGGCCCCGCAGUCUCAUCUCUACUUGCAGCGAGGCGCCUGCAAGACGCCCCCGGACGGCAGCCUCAAACGCCAGGAGGGCAGCGGCGGCCACGGCGCGGCCUUGCAGGUCCCCUGCUACGCCAAAGAGAGCUCCCUGGGGGAGCCCGAGCUCCCGCCAGCCUCGGACACCGUGGGGAUGGAGAGCAGCUACCUCGGGGUGAAGGAGGCGGGCGUGAAGGGGCCCCAGGACCGGGCCAGCGCCGAGCUGCCCAGCCCGCUGGAGAAGGCCGACUCGGAGAGCAACAAGGGCAAGAAGCGACGGAAUCGUACUACCUUCACCAGCUACCAGCUGGAGGAGCUGGAGAAAGUCUUCCAGAAGACCCACUACCCCGACGUGUACGCCAGAGAGCAGCUGGCCAUGAGGACAGACCUCACCGAGGCCCGUGUGCAGGUUUGGUUCCAGAACCGGAGGGCGAAGUGGCGGAAGCGGGAGCGUUUCGGGCAGAUGCAGCAGGUCCGGACCCACUUCUCCACGGCCUACGAGCUUCCUCUCCUCACCCGAGCUGAGAACUAUGCCCAGAUUCAGAACCCGUCCUGGAUCGGCAACAACGGGGCGGCGUCGCCGGUGCCAGCCUGCGUGGUGCCCUGCGACCCAGUGCCCGCCUGCAUGUCCCCCCACGCCCACCCGCCCGGCUCUGGGGCCAGCGGGGUCACCGACUUCCUGAGCGUGUCUGGGGCCGGCGGUCACGUGGGCCAGACGCACAUGGGCAGCCUGUUCGGAGCCGCGGGGCUCAGCCCGGGCCUCAACGGCUACGACCUCAACGGCGAGCCGGACCGCAAGACGUCGAGCAUCGCUGCCCUGCGCAUGAAGGCCAAGGAGCACAGCGCGGCUAUCUCCUGGGCCACCUGACAGGCCCCGCCCCCCGCGCCGCGCAGGCCCCGCCCACUCCCCCAUCCCCGCGCAGGCCCCGCCCCCG